CAUCAUAGCAGCUUUGGGGGUCACGGUGGUUGGAAGGCCGAUGGUCUUUUUGCUGUAAAUGAAAAAGAAACAAUGCAACAUCUAAAUAACCGUUUGGCUACCUACCUGGAGAAGGUUCGUUCCCUGGAGCAGGAAAAUGCCCAACUAGAGAGGAAUAUUCGAGAGUGGUAUGAAAGGAACCAGCCCAGCACUUUUCCCGAUUCCAGUGGCUUCUUUAGGACCAUUCAGGAGCUUCAAAGCCAGAUAUCUUCUGCCUCCACUGAAAAUGCAAGGAUUGUGCUGCAGAUAGACAAUGCCCGACUGGCUUCAGAUGACUUCAAGAACAAGUAUGAAAUGGAGAUGAGGCUGAGGAGCAGUGUUGAAUCUGAUGUAAAUGGUCUACGCCGGGUAUUGGAAGAGCUUAACCGGGAGAGAUGUGACCUGGAGAGUCAAGUCCAGAGCCUCCAGGAAGAACUUCUGCAGAUGAAGAGGAACCAUGAGGAGGAGGUCAACUCUCUCCGUGCUCAGCUGGGUGCAAGGGUCAAUGUGGAAGUAGAUGCCGCUCCAUCAGUUGAUCUAAACCAAUCUUUGUCUGAGAUCCGAGAACAAUAUGAGAACCUGAUGGACAGGAACAUGAGAGAUGUCGAGAACAUGUUCCUUCAAAGGACUGAAGAGUUGAACCGUGAAAUGGCAUCUGGAUCUGAACAGCUGCAGUCUGUCCAAACUGAAGUCAUUGAGCUUAGACGUAGUGUCCAGACCCUGGAGAUUGAGUUGCAAAGCCAUAUGAGCAUGAAAUCGGCAUUGGAAGGAACUCUGGCUGAGACAGAAGCCACUUUUGGCGCACAGCUUUCCCAGCUACAAUGUCUGAUCAAUAAUGUAGAAUCUGAGCUGGCACAGACCCGCGGAGACCUAGAACGUCAGAACCAUGAGUACAAAAUCCUGAUGGACCAAAAGACUCAUUUGGAAAUGGAAAUUGCAACCUACAAGCGACUGUUAGACGGCCAUGAUUGCAAAGUACCCUCCCCAUGUUAA